CUGUCACAAACAGAAGAUGUUUGACAAGCUCACCACAGAUACAAGCGCUCGUUUCUAACCAUUUCAGUUGUUUCUUCCGGUCGCGUUACAUAAAGAUAUGUGUAACGCUACUGCUCUCAGGCACGAUUUAGUCAGCAUGACCACAAUACUAUUGCACUGCAAGGACACCUGUGUCUGACUCAUUCUGAAUCUUUCUAGCCAUCUGUUCUGGCAAGAGAAGAGAAGGACAGAACAAGGAAAAACGAGAAAAGAAGACAUCUUGUUUUGGUAGUAAUUGACUUGGAUGGUCAUGGGGCAUAUGGUUGCCUAUGACUGAUAUGACCUUUGAAUCAGAAAAUUUCAAGAUGUUAGAAACAGAAGAAUCUGAAAAUAUCCCAGAAUGCACUACGGAGGAGAUUUCACCUCCUUGUUGUACCACAGACUCAGAGGACUGUCAAGAAUCCAGCCAGCCAAAAUCAGAUGAUAACAAUGGACAACUCAAGAAGAAACUGAAGGCUAAAGCAAAAUUAGUUCGGAGCACCGCUGUGUGUGAUGAGUCUGUGUCCACUGAGGAGAACAGCAAGGAAAAAGAGAGCAAGACAACUGUAUCUAGUAAACAUGGUGACAGCAAUGAGGAGGAAGAGGAGACAAGCGUCACAUCGAAAAAACCAAGUUUAUCUAAAGAGCCCAGUCUGGAGUACACCGACUCCACAGGCAUUGAUCUGGAGGAAUUUUUAAUCACUACUUUGAAAAGCAGUCCCAGGGACAGACUGAUGCUUAUAAAACUCGAGCAAGACAUGACUGACUUUAUGACAGACAACAGUUCCUAUAAAAAGUUCCCUCAGAUGUCCUCGUAUCACAGGAUGCUGGUCCACAGGGUUGCAGCUUAUUUUGGUCUGGAACACAACGUGGAUCACAGUGGAAAAGCGGUCAUCAUCAACAAAACCUGCAAUUCCAGAAUACCAGAACAUCGGUUUGCUGAACAUGUUCAGGAAGAGAAAACAGAUGAAAGAAGAUUAAUACUGAAGAGAGACACCAGUCAGGAGAAAGAAGACAGUCAGCUGAGAGUUCCAUCUCUUAAAGAACAAAUGAGGAGCAAGUCAAUAGAAGAGAGAGAGGAGGAGUACCAGAGAGUCAGAGAACGCAUAUUCUCACAGGAUUCCACUUGUCUCUCUCAGAGUGUUUAUAUUGAAACCAGAGGUCUAGAUGACAGCAGUAUUCUCAAUGAGACCCAGAGAAGACGGCAGCUAUUUAGGGGUAACAGGGAUGGUUCGGGUCGGCUGUCUGGCAGCAGGCAGAGCAGCUUUGAGCUGGACUCUCAUUGGAAUGACCCUCGACCUUGGAGCAGCACAGAUUCUGACAGCCCGACAUGGACCUCUAAAUCUGCACACACUCGUUCAGACAGCAACUCCAAACUCUGCAAACCAGUGUCCGAGUCAGCUCUAUCAUACGCUCCACCCAACAACAGCCCUGCUUACAUUAUUGUGCCUGCUGAGUCAUCAAUACCUCCUGGGAGCAUCUUAUUGAAUCCACACACAGGGCAGCCAUUUCUAAAUCCUGAUGGAACUCCAGCUGUUUACAACCCUCCAAUAAAUCAGAAGCCGUGUAACCAGCUUAACCCGGUACAGUCACAAGCCCCGCCCCCUCCACCUCAGCAGCAGCCAGUAGCAAGCCAUGGUGUCCCACAGGUUCAAUACUCCUCUGUGACAUACCUUCCACCUCAGCAGUUCAACAUUUCUACCUCCCAGCAACCCCCAAUAGAACAGACUGUGAGUGAGACUAGGGAAGACAUUACUGCUAAGUUUGGUCACAUGACCUUGAGUCGCCAGUUGUCAUCAGGGGAACUUCCAGAUAUGUCCUCAUUCUACAUGCAAGGAGCUCCACCCACACACAGCUAUGCUCCGCCCCACCACAGCUACGCUCCAGCUCACCAUUCAGACAAUUACAUAACCCCUGGAAUGACACUGGCUCCUCCCACAGCCCCGCCCCCUCUGAGUCAGCAGAGCAGCCAGGUUUCAGUGUACAGUUACCCUGUUCAGUGUCCCAGUGCAUCUCAACAGUACGCAGCAGCCAGUUACAACACACAAACAGUAUACCCGCCUGUCGUGUCAAACCAACAAGGCUGCCCUGGCAUGAUGGGAAGUCAGAUUCUACCCCAAACACAGCAAGGCAUUUUAGGACCUUACCCAUCCGUGUCCUCCUAUCAGGUACCACAGCAGCAACAACCACAACAACAGUCCUAUCCUGCAAUGCUGGUGUCAGGACAAGGUGGGCAGACACAGUGUUUGGUGCCCCCUGCUGGAGUUCAAGUAUACUGCAGCUCUUUGGCCCCCUCUUCCCCUCCACCACUCAACAUGAUGGGGGUCUCCUUCCAGUCAAGUAGCUGCAAAAAUGGCUGUAGCGUUAAUCAGAACCAGUGCUGGUACUAAAAGACACUGUGUUCACAUAUAAAGUGUUAUUAUGAAUUCAUCAUAUGCAUUCAGUAUUUGUAGCCACACAAUAAUUGUUCUCUACAGUCUGUAGCACUCGAGUCUGAUGAUACCAUUCUUCAGAUUCAACCUUUUCUACUUUGUCAAAAACACGUUUCGAAUUUUACUUUACAUGGACAUUGAUAGAAUCAUGUUUAAAUUGCUAUUAGAGCAUAAUUUAUACUAUUUAUAUUAUUACUUGUUUUGCUUAAUAUGGAUAAAAUGAUAUAUUUGAAUGGUAUGUAAUACUAUAUUUAUCUUGUUUAUAGAGGGCUAUAUUACAUAUAUUGGGAAUGAAACUAGAUUCAGUGUUUUCCGUUAUCAAAACAGUAUGUCAACCGUUUUAAAAUAAAUUUUGGUUUGUUUGUUUGUUUUACAGAAUUUUAUUAGGAUGUAACAUUUGACCAGGCUGGACAAUAUCGAAGUGGCAUUUCUUAAAUAUAAUGGUAUUUUAAGUGGUAAACA